UGGGAUAAUUUGGGAUAGUUUGGGAUAAUUUAAUUAGGGAUGGGUGGAUUUGGGAUAAUUCGGGAUCAUUUGGAUUGAUUAGGGAUGGAUGGAAUUGGGAUAAUUUGGGAUAGUUUGGGAUAAUUUAAUUAGGGAUGGGUGGAUUUGGGAUAAUUCGGGAUCAGAGUGACUGACAAGGGACGGACGGAACCGGGACCGGUCUGGAAUGGAACCGGGACCAGAACCGGGACCGGUCUGGAAUGGAACCGGGACCAGAACCGGGAAUGGAACCGGGACCAGAACCGGGACCAGAACCGGGACCAGAACCGGGACCGGAACCGGGAACGGAACCGGGACCGGAACCGGGACCAGAACCGGGAACGGAACCGGGACCAGAACCGGGACCGGUCUGGAAUGGAACCGGGACCAGAACCGGGACCAGAACCGGGACCGGAACCGGGACUGGUCUGGAACAGAACCGGGUAUGGAACCGGGAAUGGAACCGGGACCGGUCUGGAAUGGAACCGGGACCAGAACUGGGAACAGAACCGGGACCAGAACCGGGACCGGAACCGGGACCAGAACCGGGAAUGGAACCGGGACCAGAACCGGGACCAGAACCGGGAACAGAACCGGGACCAGAACCGGGACCACUCCAGACCAGAACCGGGACCAGAACCGGGACCACUCCAGACCAGAACCGGGACCAGAACCGGGACCAGAACCGGGACCAGUCCAGACCAGAACCGGGACCAGAACCGGGACCCGGGGAAUGAGCCGAGCUCGGCCAGGACGGGCUGGGAGAAGCCGCUUUUAUUUAUUGUUUUAUUUAUGGAUUUCAGAGAUAUUUUUGAUACUUUUGUAGCGGUUUUUAUAAAGUUUUGUGUAUUUAUGGCGUCCCCCCGGCCCGGAAGCCGCCGGUCCCGGGGCGGGGCCGGUAAUUUAUUGACCGCCGGGAUAAUUUAUUGCGGAAAGUCCCAAUAAAGCGGAAUUUGGGCACAA